CUCUCUCUCUCUCUCUCUUCUGGUUUGCUUUUUUCUAGAAGAACCUAGCUUUCAAUUUUUGGACGUUAUCAGAGCAACCCACCAAUUGCAGAUUGGAGUGGUAUGAUGAGCAAAAGCAGUGGUUUUGGUGGGGGAAGAAAUGGUGAAGAUUUUGAAGAAGGAGAGGGGGAAAACUCAAGUCUCAAGAUGCUGAGGAAUUCCAAAAAUAAUAGGUCCUCUACUUCUUCUUCUUCCUCUUCCUCCUCUGCAUCUGCAUGCCGCCUACCUACUGCUGCAAGAACGAUCCCAUGGGCCCAUAAUUAUCCUCCAGCUGACCAUGAAGUCCAAAAAUCAGCUCCUGUGGCAAUCCCUGAUUGGUCAAAAAUUUAUGGCAAGAGUGCCAAGAUUGGUUCUUCGGUUCAUGAUGAUGAUGAUGUGUAUGGUGUCAAUGGGGAUGGCGAUGGUGAUGGUGGUGUCAUUGGUGAUGUUGAUGAUGAUGGCAUGGUUCCUCCACAUGAAUGGGUUGCCAGAAAGCUUGCAAGAAGCCAGAUUUCAUCAUUUUCUGUGUGUGAAGGGAUUGGAAGAACACUCAAAGGAAGAGACCUCAGCAAAGUAAGGAAUGCUGUUUUGACUAAAACUGGUUUCCUAGAGUAAUUAUUUCAAGGAGAGCAACUUGGAACAAGUUCAUCGGCAGCGUGACGUUUCAAUCCAAUUAAUACAAUGUGACGUCACGAUUUUAGUAAACCAGUUUGAAGUCAUUUCUCAGGAGUUUUACCAUCAAAUCAUUGUUAUGUAGUCAACGGUUGUUUAUAUUUAUUUUGCUUUUGUUUAACUACUGUUAGCAAAUAUAGUAGGGGGAAGUGGAACUGGGUAGAGAAAGGUGCCCUCUUACGGUGUGUGAUAUUUUCCAGUAAAAAAAGGAAGGAAAAAGUUAGAAAUCAUUCGGCAGCCUCUGAGAUUUUGUAUGGUAGUCACUAUUUGUCAAGUAAACAAGGAAUUAUGCUGCUUAUUUUGGCAUUAAUUUGUAGUCGACCAAAAUGCGAUUGUUGAUUUUGGUAGAAAUUUGAAAACUGAUAAACGAUCCUCGUUGUUAAUUGAA